AUGACAUGUAGUAAUCGAUGGGCUGUAACAUAUCCUGUCGUCCAUGUUGCUGCUGUUGUAUACCAUGUCUUUGCUGUGACUGCUGCCCCGACCCACCACGUACCAGAGUGGUACACACUACAACUGUUGUUACUGUACCCGUUCAACCUACAACGCGCUAUGAGCCACCUCCCCCCUAUAGAUAAUCAAGAAAUAUGGGCUGUUCUGUGUCAAUCCGUCCUUGUUGCUGCUGCUGUAUUCCAUGUCUUUGCUGUAAAUGUCAAUAUGAACCUAGUCCGAAUGUCGUUUAUCAUGACAACCAUUAUGGCUCCUGAGUCAUCAUCCCCUGAAGUUCCUUCUAAGAACUAUGACCCGCCACCGCCUUAUAUUUUCAAUAUGGGCUCAGGAUGUAGCAGUUGUUGUGACAGUGACCCACCUGCAGGAGAUGGAGUUUAUGUUGCCGACAACAAUCCUGGAUACAAUCCUGGGUACCCACAAGACACAGUUAUUAUAGAGGAUCAGCCUGGGAACUACGGAAGAUAA